AGAUGUAACGAAUAAAGUUUCUUACGAGUUACACUCUAUUCAACCACCGAGUCUGCCAGACGAAUACAAAUUAUUCGUUAAGUCCUCCAAAAAAAGCGAACAUGGAUACGAAAAAUCAAACUGCACUGGAAAAAAGAAGGCAUUGUUGAUUGGAAUUAAUUAUGUGGGAUCAGAAUAUCAAUUGAAAGGAUGUUUCAAUGAUGUCAACAGGAUCAAAAAAUUACUGAUCAACCAUUAUGACUUCAAGGAAUCCGAUAUUGUCACAUUGAUGGAUGACAAUCCAGCAGACUCAGGAAAAAUUCCCACUCGGGAAAACAUUAUCCGGCAUAUUAAAAAAUUGUUAGAGGACCCGCAGAAACAUGAUUCCGGACACGGCAGCCAAUUGGCUGAUGAGGAUGGUGACGAAGAAGAUGGCUUCGAUGAAACCAUUUUGCCUUUGGAUUGGAAGGUCAAGGGACAGAUCAUCGAUGAUGAAUUACACAGUCUGUUGGUGGAUCCUCUCCCCCCUGGCGUCCGUCUGACGGUAGUAUUCGACUCUUGCCACUCGGGUACCGUGCUUGACCUACCAUUUGUAUACUCUACCCGUGGUAAAAUUAAAAGAACCCCAAUAAUUUUGAAGGAUGUACAAGGCCUCAUCAAUGCCGGAUUAAAAUAUAUUCAUGGUGACUUCGAGGGAAUCAAGGAUAGCAUGAGAUCAUUGGUUACUGAAACUGUUUCGGGACUGAAAAUCCGUAGAAAGAAUAUUGAAACGAAAUCAAGUCCGGCAGAUGUUAUCAUGUUUAGCGGUUGCAAGGAUGAACAAACUUCAGCCGAUGCAAACGAAAGUGGAUUUGCAACCGGAGCGAUGUCGUACGCAUUAGUCAAGUCGUAA